GUGAACGAGAUCCUGAAAAUCUUGCCGUUCUUUCUAACGAGCAGUGAGUCGCAUUUGACGAUUAACGGAGCGGGCUUCAUUUCAAGGGCUGUCUGCUUUGUGAAGCAAAACAGACUAUAUCAACAGAACACACAUUCCAAAACCACUACUGCUCAUCUGUAGCCUUUGGCAAAUAAUGGAAAAAAUCAGAGAUAGCCCCACACAGAGACCAGACAGCACUUAGAAUGCCUCUCACUCUCUAAAAGUCAACAAGACCUGGUUCUAUUCUAGGGAUAUUUAUCUGCAUUCGUGUACUUGCGGUACAGAUUACAAUGGCGAAAGGUUUGAGAAUGUUCCAAAUUAUUUCAUCAUGUCUUAUCCUAUCUGCUGCACUGGCAGCCAUGCUGGCCACGUCCACAAAUGCAGCGAACCCCAAAGCUUACAAGGAAGCGCUCAAAGCCAAGGAAAAGGAAUCCCAAGGGGAGAGUGUCGUCGGAGGGGCGCUGCUUGGGAAGCGAUCCCAACGAGAGGGCUACUGGCUGGCGAACUCCUGUGGGAAGCUGGCGGGUCUGAUGCAGACAAAGAAGAGGGUGAUCCAAAAGUUGAACCAAACCAUUUACGAUGUGGAUUCGAAUUUUAAACUUCCCAGGGAAGAGAGGGCGUUUCAGAUCCACACCUUUCAGAUCUUUCAGAAGGAGAUUAAUGAGAGUGAGAACGAGAUCUUCAUGGCCAUUAAUGGACUACAGAGGGCACUUCAGGGCAAUUACAAGGACAUUAUCAACAUGAAAGAGAGCAGCCGCCUUCGUCUGGAUGCCUUGCGAGAGGCGACCUUGAUGGAGGAGCAGGAGUACAAUGACCUUGUGGCAGCAGAGAAGAAACAGAUAGCGGCCAAGGUGCACCUUCAACAUCUCAAUUUUGGCAACUCUUCAAACCAUACCAAGGUUGAGACUAUCCUAGAUGAAAUAUUUCAGGAGGUAGCUGAAGCCGCAGAUAAACUGGAGGUUGAUAUCGAGGAACAUGCUUUUGAUAAGAGUAAGAUGGCAAAAGGAUCACAAAUCGAGGCCGUGGUUCGUAUUGAUGAGAUCCUUACCAAUUAUAACAACUCAAACUCUGUCAAGAAAAGAGCAGUUCAGCCUGGGAUGAGUGUACUCAUAGAUACCAGUAACAAUCAGUAUGUGCUCACGAAGCCCAAGGAUACAACAGUUCCACUUGAAGACCAUCAUUUUAUCAAGGAUAUAAUCUUAAUGGUGGUUUUGGCCGCUAUCCUCGGCUGGGCAAGCAGUGCCAUGGGUUUUCCUGCAAUGUUCGGAUACAUUAUGACUGGUGUUAUACUAGGAUCAGAUGGUUGUAAUAUCAUCAAGGCAGUAGUACAAGUUGAAAGCCUUGCUGAAUUUGGUUCUUUCUUCAUACUUUUCUCUGUCGGCUUAGAAUUUUCUCCUGAAAAGAUUAAAAAGGUAUGGAAGGUAGCUCUCAUAGGCAGUGUAGCAAUGAGCGUUCUGAUGAUCAUCUACGGAAUCCUCUUUGGGUUUGCCUUACAUAUCAUCCCGAGACAGAGUGCUUUCAUUGCAGCAUGCUUGUCUCUUUCAAGUACUCCAUUGGUCGUCAAGUUUCUCAGUUCUAACUCUGCACGCAGAGAAAAAGAAGAAGAUGUUGGGGAUCAUGAUUAUAGUCACACACUUCUCGGGAUCCUAGUAAUGCAGGAUGUCCAACUUGGUCUUUUAGUAGCUAUCAUGCCCACACUAGCUGGAGCUGACAAUUCAUUGCCAAACGCCCAACAGCAAUUAUCUCUACUAGCCAGCAUUGUGGCGACCUUCAGACUUAUUCUUUGGCUCGCAUUAGCAAUGGGAAGCAUUCUUCUACUAACCUACUCAUUCAGCAAACUAGUUGUACCUUUCAUCUUUCAUCGGUUAAAACAAGAAGGCAAUAAGGAAAUUCUAUUACUUGCUACAAUAUCAUCUGUUUUCAUUAUGCUCAUGAUCACAGAUUCCUUAGGGUUAUCAAUGGAGCUUGGUUGUUUUCUGGCUGGUGCUAUGUUAAGUACACUCGGACAUACAUUCAUAGAAGAAUUGAAUGUAAUGGUAGAACCCGUCAGAGAUGUCUUUGCUUGCCUCUUCUUCGCAUCUAUUGGUCUUCAUAUAUUCCCAACCUUUGUAGCCUAUGAGCUGACUAUUCUCCUAAGUCUUACUUUUACUGUGGUUAUCCUAAAGUUUUUGACCGGGGUGUUCGUUCUCGGUAUCCUACUGCCAUUGAGUAAUAGGCACAUUAAAUGGGUCGUAGCGUCGGGCUUAGCUCAGGUCAGUGAAUUCUCAUUUGUUCUUGGAAGCAGAGCGAGAAGAUUGGGAAUUCUAUCAAGAGAGGUUUACCUAUUAAUAUUAAGUGUUACAACUCUGAGUCUCUUGCUGGCACCUAUUCUGUGGAGGAUAUCUGUGUGGCGAUGUAGAAGGCAUGUUCACAGACCGGUCUUGACCAGACUUUAUCUAUCACUGUGGAGAAGAUUCAACUUGCUCAAAUCUACAAGUGAGAGUGAAAAAGAGAUUGGGACCAAGAUAGUUUGAGAGUAGAUCCAGGUCUACCCAAUCGAGGUCCAGGACUAUGAGAUGACACUGCCAUAUGAACUUAAGACAUCACUGCCCGAGACCCUAACAUGGAAUUGACCUCCCUGCGUCAUUGUGAUUGGAAUAUUUAAUGAUAAUGAUGAUAAUGAUAAUAGCUGGAUUUAUAAGGCGCUUUUUGCCUGAGAAUACAAAGCGCUGCUAUUAUUACCCGGGCCUCAGCUCGAGCUACCAUCACCGGCGCACAAUGCAUGCAAGGAAUUAAUCCUGCCGGGUACCCAUUCACCUCACCAGGGUCGAGUGCAGCACUGUUUAGAUACAUUUCUGGAUUUAUAUAAUAUAGCACUGUUGCCAGAGAAUAUCAAGCACAAUUAUUAUUGUGGUAAUAACAUGCUCAGUGCAUUGAAUCCAACUCAGCACACCUGGGUUGAGGACAGCACGAUGUGGCUAAAUGUCUUUGUGAAGGAAAUUGUGCUGUGGCCGGGAUUUGAACCCACGACCCUCUAUUAGAAAGAUGACAGUCAGAAACACCAGACCACAUCUACCCACACAAUAUAGACCGGGACUAUAUUUGAAGUACGCUCAAAGCUGAAAUCGUUUCUGUGAGUUACAGUUUGGAACUGUGUUCCUUGAGUUUGAAGCUUUUGACCAAUUCUACUUUAUAUUCAGUUGUAUUUCUAGUCUGUUUGAAAUCUGUUUGAUGAAUCUGUAAGACUGUGUUGAUAUGUUGAAUAUAUUAAUAUUUAAGACUUGUUGCACCUAGUUAGACAAGGAUAUCAAAGAUAUAAAAUGAGCAAUGAAUUGAUUAGCAGUUGACAAAUAAACCAUGUUUUAUAUAUUUGAAUACUGAUUGGCCUUAAGGGCUGUAAUGUUGUUCAACAUGGUAAAAUAAUGUGAGAGAAAAUGAAAAUAAGAUGUGUUCCCCAAGGUUCAGUCUUAGGACCAUUUUUGUUUAACGAUCAGAUAAGUUUGAUAUAUAUGUACACAGCUAUGAAAUGCUGAACAUUGGAAGAAUAGAAAAUAGAUUGAUUGAUAUUUCAAAAAAAUUAGCAUUCAGGAAUGUAUCAGCUAGUAUUAGAUUGCUUGAAGAAAAGGGAGGGUAUCUGUGCUAUGAACAGUCACUACAUGUAUAAGUAUAGUCCGUAUCAGACAUUUGGAGCAAAAUAAAGGAAUUUUUACAUUGUUAUACUGCAAUUUGACUGUUAAAACUGAUAAGUCUGUAAUGUAAAUGUUGUAACCUUUCGUACAGAAAUAGGCAUUUUACUUCCUCAUAUUCGUAAGUUACAAUUUUUUCUGGUCUACUAUUCUAGUGUAGUUUUCAGUUUUCCUUUUUUUCUGCUACAAAAUAAUGGAAACAUUGUCUCCGUUUAUUGUGUAAAGUCAUCAUUAUUGUAACUUAUUUUGUAACAAGGGAUACAUUUUUGGUGCACAAGUAUGAACAAAAAAAUGUAUACUUUAAGAUUAAACAAAUAUGACAAUUAACUUGACUGACAUGAUGUAAAAGUUCAAGAUACUGUAACUUUGUUGUUAUUUAAUCAGAUUUUAAUAUUUUUAGUGUUUAAAUUGCUUGAAUUUUCACAAUUCAAUAGUUUUAUUGAUUUUAAGUCUGCCCAUAAACAUGACUCAUUCCACGAUCCUUCGUAUUUUCAUUGGACUUUACAAGUUGAAUUUCGUGUCGAAAAGUGUUAUUUGUAGCAUCAGGCUCUUUGUGCUUUCAGUGGAAAAGGAAUAUUUUUUUAUUUUAAUAAGUUAUAUUUUCACCUUGCAUAAUUUAUUUUCAUUUGUUUUUGUACUCAUUGUGUAAAGAUUGAUUCAUAUUUUUAUAGUGCAGAUCUAAAUUUGUGUAUUUGCUGAUGUGUGUGUUCUACUUAUUAUCUGUUUGGCCUUUGUAGUCCAGAUUGUAAUAUUUAUUUCCAAUGAUUUCAGAAGUUUAUCAAAAAAUUCUUCUUUUUCAUGACAGUGAUGAAAUUCCAACCAGCUCAAAUCCUUAUCAUUGAUUUCUGUUAACCCAGACAUGAAGAUACUUGAGAGUUGAAAAUGCCAACUUGUAACGGUUAAUUUACUGUGAGAAAUUCAAGUAAGAACAGAUUUUGUAGCACUGCACACUUGGAAUGUGCUGAUAAACAAUGCUGUUAAUACACAGUAGACUGUAUACCAGUGUUCAAAUCCAAAGCAAAACUAAUGAAAAUUCCACAGAAGUUAAUAUAGCUCAGUCGGUAGAGCGUGGGAUUCGUAUUCCGGUGACCCGGGUUCGAUUCCCAUUUGGUGCGCUAGUGCCCU